AUGCCGGGCGACACUGCACAUCCGAUUGAAGUUGAUGCUGUAGAGGCCGCCCUGCCAAGGCUUGAUACUCUCCUGCAGGAUGAUAAUCGUCGGGAUGGCCCGCGCUACCCCGUCGACCCGGCAGAACUCCUUAGGAGACGCGUGUGCCUACAAGACAAUGAGGAGUCUCCCUUUGUCAAUAUGCUUUUCCUUGUCCUCACUCCAGGGCGUAUUCCUGAGGCAUACAACUUGCCUCUGCAGACACCGUGCAGUGUUGAGGCGGCCCUCCUCGCACUUGAACAGAGCAGAGACGAGGCCCCAGGUGUUAAUUUCCCUGAGAUCAGAGUUGCGGAGCCGCAACCCGCUCGUGAGUAUGCAGUCUUUGUUGCUGCACCGUCAUGGGCAAUAGACCGCACUAUCAUAGUAUGCGAUGCCAGGAAGGUUAAUGGAGCCCUCUUCUGUGCAGUGGCACCACCUCGUGCCAAUAGGGAAACCAUCUGUAACCUAGCUGGUUUCCAGCAUGACUAUACCUUGCAGGUUUAUGUACAAGGAAUGCCAUGGGCCCUUGCUGCUUGGCAACAGGCUGAUUUGAAAGUUGGUGAUACAGUCACCUUCUUACCACCAGGACAGCCAGCACCCCGCCAGGUCAUGAUUGAGGAAAUGCUAUUCAGUGCCGAACAUUGGAAUGCACAAGCAGAUGUUCCAUCCCCGCCUGGGGAGCACUUCCAUGUUCUUACUGAUGGCAUCCCAGCAAGACUCACCUUAGAGCGAGGUCAAAGAGGCAGGUACAGGGAAGCUCUUGCUGAGCAGCUCCAGUACCGGGAACAGAACAUGACAUUGCAAUCUGCCAAGCGGCAGCUCCCUGAUAUUGAGGUUAGUGGGUUUCAUGUCAAAGGGGUUGCGGUAGCCACUGAAGCAAUCAGUCGUCUUCCGGUCCCGCCGGCUAGGCCUCAGCAACGGAAGUGGAUUGUCAUCUUUGACCUUAGAAACAUACUUCUCCCUUUUUCCUGGAAGCUUUUGGAAGUGCCCACCAUUUCUGUCCAGGACAUCAUUGAUGCCUAUGAGUCGCUACGGCCGGUUGGUUACAUAGUAGCCGUUACUGGAGCACCCAUAGAGAACCUCCCUGACGGGCCAGUUUUCAGGAUUGUGUCAGGCCAGGUCCUUGUGGUGACUUUUGAGCCAGACUAUCUUGAGGAAGACGAUGAUCCUGGUCACGGCAACUUUCAUGAUACGACUUUCCUUGACGCAGCACAAGGCAGUCCUGCUACAGGCCAUACAAGUGAGGAGUAUCAAGUCUCAGCAGCCACUUCUGAAGAGUCCAACGCAAGGAUUGAUGGCGAUGUUGACUUGCCUGACUCAGCUGGAGUAGCCAUCAGUCCUGCUGAGACCAUAGAAAUUGCCUGCACCAUUCUAAUUCCCGGUUUUUCCGCCGAGCACUUUGGCUUGACUAUUGCCUUGCCAGCUGCUACAGCUCAGGUCAUAGACAAAAUAAAUGACGUGAGAGAUGAAAUAACGGCGUGGGAUUUUCCCCGCCUAGUUCCGAUUGCCCCGCAGCUAGCUGAGGGUAGGCUUCUCCUCAUUGCUUCCACUGAGUGGCCUCCUUUCGGCAAUACAGUCUGUGUGCGGGUCUACUCCGAUAUCACUAGAAUCUUUGCGAUGCCAGCUCCCUCCAGUGCCAGCAAAGACAUCCUUCUUGAAAUGGCAAGGCUUUCCUUGCAUGCCCCACUUGAUGUGUUCUGUGAUGGGCAGGGCCCCAUCGCGCCUGAUGAGGUUGUUGACAUCCGCGACGGUUCUGCUCACCUCCACAUUCUGGGAGACUACGGCACCGCCUCCCUGCAGAAUGGACAACAGUACUCCAUGGAGGGGACUCCUCAAAUGGGUGGCUACGCUUUGAGGGUCAUCAGGGCACAGAUGAUGCAGCGAGCACCUCAGCGGAACCAAGCUCUGCUAAUGCUGGCGGUGUUCGAAGUCGCCGCACACACCUCACUCGAUGAGCUUGUGAUAAACAUAAGAGAAGGCAGGGACAAAGAGGCUUCCAGAAUCUUCCCCUUUCUUGCCCCAGCUACGCCACAGCCGCCCGAUGAGGGAGCGGUCUUUAUUGCCUUGCCAAGAUGGACUGCACCAGCCCCCAUCGUGCUCUUCGAUGCCAGAAGGUACGACGGGAGAUUGUUUGUCGUACAUGCGACUGAUCUUAUUGAUCUUAGCGCCGCUCUGUUCCUUGCCGGAAUUCCAUAUGUUGAUGAUGCCUUGGUUUACGAUCUCUCAGGCCAACAGUUUCUACAGGAUGGCCAGGACAUUAGGACAGCGAUGUUCUGGGCGCUUGCUUGGUUGCUACAGAAGAACCUUCACGUGCCGGCCCACCUGUGGGGAGAUUGUAUAGCAGCCUUAGGACAGAUCCAGCCAGCGCUUUACAACCACAUUAAAGCGCAUACAGGAGCCUUGGCGCUACCACUUGUUGAGCUUGAGGAUGGCAAUAUAGCGCAGGAUGUUGGACAGGCGGACCAACGCUGGCUCCGCCAUUUUAGCUCGAUAGAAGAUGGUGCGCCGGUCACGGUUGACUCGCACAUACAAUCUUGUGUCAACAGACAGAUAGCCACGCAUGCCGUACGCUCUUUUCAGCAAGCAUGCGUACGGAGGAAGCAGUCCUGUGCAGUGCUUUUCGUUGAUUUGCGGGAAGCAUUCCACCGCGUAGUCAGGCCUUUAAUCCACGGAGGGCCGCUCAGUGACCAUCAUGUUGCCGGCAUAGUCAAGGAGUUGGGUCUCGGACCGGACGCCAUCCCACGCCUGCAUGCCUACGUUCGAGCACAAUCCCUGCUUGUAGAUGCAGGUGCAUCCCAGUGGACAUCGCGGGUCAUGCAAGAAAUAGGAGAAGAUGCGUGGUUUACGUUCGGGUCGACGGGUGCCUUCGCGCAUGUGCGCGGAGGCACCCGCCCCGGAGACAAUUUGGCGGACCUAGUGUUCACGUUUCUUUUCGCUGAAAUUUCGAAACGGAUUCGCGAACAUCUCAGCCGGGCUGGGGUCUCCGCCGAGCUCCCCUGGAACCCAAGUUGGCUAUGCAAUGCAGAAGCCAGACCCACCGAGGCUACAGCUACGAGCUGCCCUGUCGACGUGACAUGGAUGGAUGAUCUGUCUGUGCUGCUGCACGCAAGUACCCCUCAUGCCCUAAUUGAGAGACUAAAGAUAGCAGCGACUGCCACGCUCGACGAGUGCAUACAGGCCGUCUUACUCCCGAAUCUUCGGGCAGGAAAGACCGAAGCAGUCGUAACCCUUGUUGGGCAUGGAGCUUUACGGCUGUCCAAAACUGUUUUUGCAGGCGCCGAGCCUUCUCUGCCUCUGGGGUCGAUACUUUGGCCUGAGGCCCGCCUCCGAUUGGCUGCCUCCUAUAAACACUUAGGAGGAAUAUUACAGGUUGAUGGCAGUCUAAAGAAAGAGGUCAAGGCACGCAUAGGUUCUGCCUGGCAGGCUUUUAAUAAGCACAAGAAGCUUAUCUUUGGCUCGCCUAUUGUGACGGCGCAUGAGAAGUCAGUAUUGUUUGCUUCGCUGAUUGAGUCAACGCUCUAUUACGGGAGUGGAACGUGGGCUGUGAUUGGCAAAGACGAGCAUUCCCGACUUCAGAACUGCCUAGUACAGAUGUCCAGGCAUAUGUUGCGACCACUCUUUUCCUUUGAUCAGGCCUGCCACUUGAGCCCUGCCUACGUGCUUUCUACUGCACGUGUGUCCAGUGCCGCCACUGCCCUGCAUGUAGAGCGUCUCCGACACCUAAAGGCUGUUAUCCUGAAGGCCACCCCUGAAUUGUGGGCCAUCUUACAAUAUGAACGAACCUGGCUCGGUCUGCUCGAUGAGUCCCUGGUUUGGUUUCGCGCACAACACCACAGUGCAGGGUCUUGUCACCCAACCUGGACUACUUGGGUUGGCAUUGUUGACUUUGUUAGGUCGAACCCCAACGGAUGGAAAAGAGCUGUCAACAAGGCUAAACGCACUGCCAUGCUCUCCGAACUGUGGUCCGCCGAAAUGCAGCAGUUUCAGGGCCUAGCGUUCAGGGCCUUCAUAACACUUGGGGCAGUUGUUCCGCGGGAUUUAGUCGAGUUAGAGCAUGGUAGAGAAGUUUGUGGCAAGUGCAGGCUUGUCUUUGACAGUUUGUGCUCAUGGUCACACCAUGCUUUUAAGAGGCAUGGGCGCAUUAAACCAGCGCGCCGACUCGUCUCUGGGACACAAUGUCCGGUGUGUCUAAAGCAAUAUCGGUCGAACAGGGACCUCUGCAACCAUGUUACGUAUGGCCGCGCUUGCAGACAUGCGCUCAUUAAUGCCGGCUUCGACGAAGCACCCGCGCCAGGAGUUGGCAACCGCAAAUACGACGAUGGCACACGAUGUCUGCUGCCAGUUGUGCAAGCCCAGGGCCCUGGAAGCCAAUGGGAUUACUCCCCUGUUGUUGAGGAGCAUGAGACCCCCUGCGACACCAUCCUCAACGCCCUCGAAGAUUGCUACUGCCAUGAUGAGGGAAGCGUCCGCAACCUUCAGCACUUAUGGGCCUCAUUUCGCUCGAUAUUUAUGAGCCAGUGCCUCCAAACCUCCCGACUUCGGGCGACGGCCAUCCAAUGGCAGUUCCAAGUUUGCAAUGAGAUUGAGGCAGAUAACAAUGUCUCUGCACAAUGGGCAGAUUGGCACCUACAGGUUGCGAAACAACUAGUCGACACUGACUUUGUUGAAUGGUUUAGUAGCGACUGCGAUGGCCCAACACAGACUCCCUCGACAUUCCGGGACGCUGAAACUCUCACUGCCUGGUUGGAAUUCCCUGCGCAAGCAGUUGUGCCCGUCGCCGCGCCAAAUAUUCCCGGGGUGUGCUAUGUCCCUGAUGAUGCUGUGUACAACUGGAUUUCCCGCCCUUUCCGUGCCAGCAUCUCCCACCGCACAGCCCAGCAAAGCCCAGAGAAGCUUGACUUUGAACAAGUCGCGAGAAGUCUUGGAGAGCUCGAGUUUGUCCUACUCUCCUGUGAAGGCCUUGUGCAUACGUUCGGACCGCCCGUGCCUCUCCGGUCCUUCAGUUCGAUUUCGGGCCCUAUCUCCUCGCUUCGUCUUUUCUCUGACCUGCUCCGGGGCGCCUUGUAUCUCUGGCGCGGUGGCACCCCUGCCUGUCUGAUACUGCCUGAGAUCUCAAGCCCAACUACUGAGGUCGUACGAAAGCUUGCACCUUCUGCUAAAACAGUAGGGGGUGUAGCUGUCUUUGCAAAUUUUGCAUUCGGACAGGGGGAUUUUCGUUUCACCUUUUCUUAA